AUGGAUCUACCCGAUACACACAAAUGGUUGAAUAGAGUUCUAGGAGAGCUCGUCAACGGUUGCACCAAUUAUCUCAACUUGAUCAAAUCUGUUCCCGCUGCUGCUCAUGUUGGACGAACGACAUUGGAUAAAGAACGUUUGAAACUGUGCAAUUAUGAAAUUGGAGCUGUUAUGCAGGAGGCGUCGGACUUGAAAACGAGCUGUAGGAAUGACCUACACGCAAAGGAAAAUAUGAAAACAGCAAAUGGAUUACUACAGCGACUACUCAACAUUGCUUCUGAGCCCCAAGACAGCCUACCUGAUAUCUUCAUCUGGAUGCUGUGCGGUAAUAAACGUGUUGCCUACACGCGUGUACCCGCUCAACACGUAUUGUAUUCGCUCGUGGAAGAGGAGCGUGGAAAGGACUCGGGACGAAUGCAAACACUAUUUCUCCGACUACCAGGCAAACGUGGUGAGGGUCCUAAAGGUUGGGCAAUUCAAUCCAAGCUCAACAUAAUGAUAUGGUUGGGUUUACACAAGCACAAGAAAGAUUAUCUUAAAGAUGCACCCAAAGGUUACGAUAUUCCUCGCAAUGCUCAUAAAUUAAUGGCUCCGCCACCAAAUGAACUGGUUUAUAAAGAUAAACGAAAAUUCAUACUUCGGUCACAUUUGUACCAAGCAAGGAGUCUCAUUGGAAGUGACGCUUCUGGUCUUUCAGAUGCAUUUGCAAAAGUAAUAUUUACGCAUUUCAUCGCUGAGACCUAUGUUGUGUGGGAGACGCGAAGCCCGACUUGGGAUCAAACGAUUGUCUUUGAAGAGGUCUUUCUCAUGGGGGAUGUGAAUGAAAUAGCAGUAAAUCCACCUACGAUUGUCGUCGAGAUUUUUGAUAAAGAUUAUGGGGGGGACUCCGAGUUCAUUGGUCGUGCGUUAGCUCGACCCAUCGUAAAGAUGGCUAAUGAACCGUAUGAAAAACCGUUCUUCCCCCCUGCUUUGGAGUGGUUUCAAGUAUUUCGUGGUGAAGAGAAGGCAGGCGAACUGCUAGCUGCGUUUGAACUACUUGAAGUGGCAAAUAAACUUUCUGUAAAGUCUUUCAUGCCGCCCAAGAUUGAGCCGGUCGAUACUCUCGAUGGUCCAGUAUGUCGUGUACCCGAGGGUAUAAGACCAGUUAUGAAAAAGCACAGGAUAGAGGUUUUGUUUUGGGGUGUGCGCGAAAUGAAGAGAUUGAAUCUACAAACUGUGGAUCGUCCUCAAGUACACAUCGAAUGUGCGGGUGAAGUCAUACAAUCUACGGUUAUUGCAAAUGCAAGACGAAAUCCGAACUUUCAAAAUCCAGUUGCCUUUAUUGACGUGGAGUUGCCCGAGAACGAAAGAUACUGUCCACCGCUGACCGUCUGUGUCCGAGACUGUCGUACAUUUGGAAGAUUCACGUUGGUUGGUACUCACGUGCUCAAUUCUUUACAUCGAUAUCGAUUUCCAAAAAUUGGCGAACCCAUCGAGAGACCUUCCAUCACUAACACCGCAGAAGAGCAAACGAGAGACUCCAUCACGGCGGCCCAAGCGCAGGAUGUCAUCGUAAAUAUCGAUGAACCGGAUUUUGGCGAAGAUGCUCCGGAAAAACCCGAUGUCCAGGAUACGGUCGAUAAACGUAAGAAAGAAAAGAGAAAGAAGAAGAUGAAGAUGAUGGCGAGGACACUCUUGAUUGGUGGUCUAGAUACUAUGAAACUAUGA